CCAAGACCCCCUGACUAGAAAAAAGGGGGAUAUGGCUGCCACGACUGUGAUGAUGUCACUUUGCCAAAAUUGUGCCGCGAGCGAAGAGAGGGAGGCGAAAUCACUUUGGGCAGGCAUUAAAAGCUCAGCACUCCGCCGAAUCCACGAGAUGCUGUGAUGUGGCUGCAGCUGCUUUCCUCCUACACGUAUUACUAUAAUGAACUAGUGAAGCUGGGAAUACAAAUUCAAAGCUCUGGUAAAGUUUUGAACCUUAACUUUGAGUCAGGCGCUUAUUUUUGCCCAAAAACGUGUGAAAUAAGUACAAAUUCAGUUCGGUUUCAAUUUGUUUUUUCAUUAUCAGCUGUGUAAAUAGUGUGAAACUCUUUGUUUUCUAACCAUUUGUUGCUUUUAGGUUUGUUUCUCAGCCAUCAAUUUCACUGUCCCAGGAGCUAGCAUAACCUUUUCACCCCUUAUAUGAGUCAGUGAAAGCACCAUCAGUUAUUUUAUUUUCAACUGUUCCGCUCCAGCAUCGUAUAAAAAUGGAAGAAUAAACAGAAAGCUUAAUGUUAUCAAAGGAUGCGACGGGUAGAAACGUCUCUAUUUUCUGCACAGAUGGAAAAGUUAGAAAAUACACCGAGAGCGUAACAGUGAGUUUUUGGGGUCCGUCAAACUUUGUCCAACAGUUAAAUUGGCUCAAAAAUUCUCUUGAGUCGCGUUUGAAAUUCCACUUAAAUUCAGAUAAGUGCUGGCAAAGCAGCAGUCUGGCUCUUGGACACAUCCUCCAUUGUAUUCAGCGCUGGCCGAGAAGCUUCCUGUAAAUACGUUAUUGUUUACAACAGAAGUUUCAUACCCAGGAUUUCUUAAGGUCAACAUUUCUUCUGGCACACUGAGCCCGAACUGCACUUUAUUCCCCUUUAAUUUAACAGCUCCGGCAGCUUUUCUAGUUAAAUCGACUGUUCAUUAUUGAGACCCAUUUUACGAAGGGGCUGUGAGGUGCAAUUUAAUGAAUCUCUGGCACAAAGCUCCCUUUCAGUGCUGCGCGAAGAAUAGAGGCUAUUUAGACCCUGUAGGGCUUUAUGUCAAAGGCAGCCCAUAAUAGUUGUCAGGCCAGGGCAGAAAUUCCCACUGGCCUGGGAAUGCACUAGAAAUCAACUUUUGCCAUGAGCAGAUUAAGACACAAGCAAGCAGUUGGGAAGAUUCUCCCAAAUAGUGGCAUCUGUUUGGGCACAAGGAUUUUCCCACAGAAAAGAAGCCUUUCUCUCUACUGUAGAGCCGCGAUUUGAUAGCCGGGUUUGUUUCAGUGCCCAAAGGAACAGUAAUUAGAUUACAAGUUAACUUUUUAUUUGGCAAGCGCAGGCAGGGGAAAAAUAAGUUGGCGUGAAGACUCUGUCGUGUUUUAAAUUGUUUGUAAAGCAAACAAGAAGGAUUUUUUAUGAGAUGUUUAACUUUUUUUUUUAUGCAUGUUUUUGGUUUAAACUUGGCUUUAGCACAAAUGUAACCAAACAAGAUAUUUAGUUGUAGGUUUAAAAGAGAGAUUUUUGUGUUACAACCAUGCCUGCUGAACAAAAAAUCCAUCCAGCAGGACUUUCAAGGCUUUUCGUCUAACUGUUACAGUAAUAUCCUCCAGUUUCAUGAAAGCUUUUUUUGGUUCAGAGCACACACAAACAGUUAAAACUGGAGGGGGAGCGUUCUGACAGAGGUUAUUGUCUUCAGCUCAGCGGGGAAUUUCAGACAAAUCCCUCUUAGAUGCAGGUGGUCGGGCACAAGCAAAGAGUUAAGUCCUGCGGUCCCUUUGCCCCUCCUCUUUGAUGUUCUGACAUCAUUAGCCCGGCCCCCUGAAAGAUCUCCUCGCUUUCCUCAGAGCCCGUCACUUCUACUCUGGAAUGUUUACAGGAACUUCAUGAGCAGCAUCAGGACCAAGUGUUUAUCAGAGGAAAAAAGACAUGCUCUGAAGAAAUUUUUGGUUCAGGGAUCACAGUGGAUGCCACAGGUGUAGCCGCUGGGCUCAACAGAGUAAUGGCUGUUCAGGCUGCAAUCAUGAACCCUCAGUUCAUGAAUUUCUGCUUCCCUGGUUCUGUGAUGGAGUACGAUGUGGAAAAAAGUCUGGAUGGGAGUCUCCUGGGUGAGGCAGAAAAUGACGAGGACUACAAAGAGACCACCAGGGACUUGCUGAGCUUCAUAGAUUCAGCCUCAAGCAAUAUCAAGCUGGCUCUGGACAAGCCAGUGAAAUCCAAAAGGAAAGUCAACCACCGGAAGUAUCUUCAGAAGCAGAUCAAAAGGUGCACUGGCAUUAUAACACCAGGAAAUGUAGCAGAGGCCCCAGUAAAGAGACAGGGCUCCCCCCUGACUCAGCCGAGCCCUUUGCAGAGCAAAACUUUACCUAAGCGUGAUGGGGUUCAGGCCAACCUACAGAGCAAGAGCUUGGCAGCACUCUUCAGCCCUGUGAAGGAUAUAAGGGGUGAAAAAGCCAAGAAGCCGCCCCUGAGGCACCGCAAUCUGCCUCCUUCUUUCUUUACCGAGCCUGCAAACUGCUCCAAAGUCAGCUCCACAUCCGGGAUGACGCUGAAGGACUUGGAACGAGGCAAUCCUGAGGCUGCGGAGUUCUUCGAGCUCCUGGGGCCUGACUACAGCAACAUGGUGAGCGAGCAGGACCUGUAUCAAGGUAUGCCUUUCAGGGUGCAGCCGGAGCUGGGAAGCCCGGAUCCUGCCUCCUACGAUGCUCACCAUUUAGUCGGCGGUCUCCUCUAUUCCGAGCCCUGGACUAGCUGCUCAGGACCCUCUAAGAAACUAGGGGAGACCCUUCGUACAGGCCCAGCCCAGCCUCCUGCCUACUGUCACUCUGAGGCUGCUUCGGGGCCCAUAGAAGACAAUGCACUGUGCACUUUGGCCUUCCCCAACUUCUUCACAGACUGCUCCAUACCUCAGGUCACUUAUGAUUUAAGUGGUGGUUAUAACAGAGCUAAUUAUUCAUCUCUAUGAGAAACUGACAACUGUGCUGUUAGAAAUGCUGGUUUUAAAAAAGAAAAAGGAAAAAAAAAUGCUGGUAAAAUUGCAGAGACAAGUUUAACAGUAGUUUAAGAGAGUUUCAUGUUACUGUAUCGUAUAUGUUUAUCUGCUGUGGACGUCAUAUUGCAACUGGAAAACAUGUAGUAUCAUCCCAUGCAACUUUUUCCCCACGAAAACAACUUUUUUUCAUUCAGAAAAAAUGUGAAAAGCUCUUUAAAGUAUCCCAGUUUCAGUUGCUUCACACGUGGAUCUGAUUUUCUUUAUCUCAGGCAAUUUGCAAUGACAUUCUGUAUGAAAACACAUCCGACUCUGGUUCUGCUUCAGCUUUGUCAAUGAGGCUUAUUCUUUUGGGAAUUGGUUCAUCAGACAUCAAUACAUUUUUAUAUUUUGCAAAAAGAAAAACACACAAGCUGCAGACACACUUGUUGGUUUAGUUCACUAAACAUCAGCUUUUCCUAGAAAGUGAUUAUGAUAGAACUGUCUGACAAAACAACAGAGGCACUUUUUCCAUUCCUGUUAGAAGCAGCUCUGUGCAGCAACAUAAAAAAAGGAAGACUAAUUUUUUGCUGAUUGCGACGAUGUUUGAUGCCAUGUUUGCUUUACAAAAUUUUAUAACUCUGAAUUGAUUUUCAGCUGGCAGAUUGACCAAUCGUGUCCCUUUUUUUUCUUGGAAAAAAAGCAUUUAAUGUAUCUAGUUAUUGUAAGAAGACAAAAUAAAGCUGGUCUUUAUUA